AUGCAGCACAAAGCAGCAGCAGCAGCAGCAGCAGCAGCGCCGAAAGACAGUCGGCGACCAUCGACGGCCAUCGACCUGUACACCGUCGCUGUGACAUCACAAGUCGCAGAUCCUCUCCGCACGUACCUGAUGGAUAGACAGGGGCGCACGGCGAGCUUGCCCACCUCCGCAUUCCCGACCAUGGAUGGCGCUUUGCAAGAGGUGCAGGGCUCGGGCAGGCUAAGAUUAGCUGGUGAUGCUGCUGGUGAUGCUGCUGCUGCUGCUGCUGCUGCUGCUGCAGGAUUGUAUUGA